ACAGAGAUGCUCCAAGCCCAGCCUCUUCCAUGGAUAUUCCCAGCGCUCCUGGGGGAUAUUUUGGCCAGUGAGGGGCUUGUGCAACAAAACCCCUCGGCUUUCCCAGGCCGGGCUGAGCUCAUGGUUUUCCUUCAAGUGAACUCGCAGUAGUCUGGAUGUUGUUGGGGGCGGUUUUGUGGCUUUUGGGAGAAAGCAUCCGCAGCCGGGGAAGCGUCCUGGCAGGGAGCGUCCCGCCGGGCCAGCCCCGGCUGCCGCUGCCGCGUUCUGGCGGAUCCCUCAGCCCGCUUUGCGCAGUCACCUGCCCCACGCCGACAGGAAGGAAGAUCAGCGAGACCCAGGGCAGGAAGGGGCGAGGAGCGAACGGAAAGAGACAAAAGCCACGGGCUGGAACGGGCUGGGGCGGCGGGGGAACGCGGACCCACCUUCCCCAGGUGCUGCCCCGAGCACCGCCCCGGUGCCAUCACGGCGGGGGACACCGCCGGGAAGGGCGGUUCUGCCUUCAACUUGAGCAUCCGCCGAGGAGGAAGCAAGCCCUGGGGAUAAAGAGCGGGACACGGAGGGGCUGCACCCACGAGGAUGCCCUCGGCACUCCCCUGCUCACACAGCGACCUGGGGAAGGCGGCGCGAGGCCGAGCAGGGACAUUUGCAGGGGCUGAGGAGCCCCGGGUGGUGCUGUGAGCUGGCCAGGGGGACACGGGGUGGCCCAUGGGACACUGCUGCCACCACAGCGCCCCUCACCCAGGGACCACCCAUGUCACAGGAGGCCUCUGAUGGCAGGGGCCUGGAUCCACCGGGGCAGGCAGCUGGGCAGGUGCAUCCCCCCGCGGCUCCUGGAGGACAGCAUCACCCCCCCGGAGCUCCUGACGGCCCAGGAGGUGCAGGCAGCCCGGCCCCUGCCCGAGCAGGUGAGGGCUGUGCGGGAUGUCCUGGCUGGCAGGGGGGCCUCCCAGCGCCUGCAGAGCUCCUCGGACACCUCCAGCUCGCAGCUCCAGCUCCACUGCCCUGUCCAUGAACCCAUGGUGCAGAAGCACCUGGAGAGUCUCCAGAGCUGCUGUGGGAAUGGCCUGGAGAGAGGAGCCCUGCAGCGCCUCACCAACCUGCUGCUGGUGGAGGGCCUGACCGACAUCCAGCAGCAGGAGCACGACAUCCUGCAGGUUGAAACCACCAGAGGCCUGCCAAACGCGUCCAAGAGCAUCCCCCUGGAGAAGCUGUUCCUGCCUCUCUCCAAAGUCAGCAUCCCCCCUCGGAUCUGCGUCACCAUCGGCGUGGCCGGGAUCGGCAAGAGCACGCUGGUGAAGCUGUUUGUCCGCAGCUGGGCAAAGGGGGAGAUCAACAGGGACAUCAGCUUGGUGCUGCCCCUCACCUUCCGGGAGCUCAACACCCACGAGAAGCUCUCUGCCGAGCGCCUCGUCUGCUCGGCCUUCCCUCCCCUCGCCCAGCCCGGCUGCCUCGAGGCCGGCGCCGCCCGCACCCUGCUCAUCCUCGACGGCCUCGACGAGUUCAAGACCCCCUUGGAUUUUUCCAACGCGGUUGUUUGCACCGAUCCCAAAAAGGAGAUCCAAGUGGACAACCUGAUCACCAACAUCAUAAGGGGAAACCUGCUGCAGGAGGCCUCAGUGUGGGUGACAUCGCGGCCGGCGGCGGCCGGGCAGAUCCCCAGCGGGCUGGUGGACCGGAUGACGGAAAUCCGAGGGCUUGGGGCUGCAGAGAUGAAGGACUUCUUGGACCAGAUGUUCCUGGGCAACAGAGAUCUGUCCAGCCAAGUGCUGCAGCACAUCAGGGCUAACAGGUCGCUACACGUGCUGUGCACCAUUCCUGGCUUUUGCUGGAUUUCCGGCUCCUCAAUCGCUUAUUUCCUGAAACACAGCAGUGACCAAUCCCAAGAAGCACCCGUGGUGCCCACGACCCUGUCGGAAAUCUACUCCUAUUAUUUUAAAAUGGCUCUGAGUGGUGACUGGCUGGAAAAGCCGAGAGAAGCCCUCUGGACCGAGCAGGCUGUGAACACCAGCAAGAAGCUGGUGGGCAGCCUGGGCAGGCUGGCCUUCUACGGGCUGCUCCGUAAGAAACACGUGUUCUACGAGCAGGACAUGAAGGCCUACGGCAUCGACCUCUCCCUGCUGCACAGCAGCCUCGCCACCCGCCUCCUGCUCAAGGAGGACAUGCAGGCCUCCACAGCCUACUACUUCUCCCACUUAACCGUCCAGGAGUUCCUGGCAGCUCUCUAUUACUACACAGCAGCCAGGCGGGCCAUCUUCGACCUCUUCACAGAGAGUGGCGUGUCCUGGCCCAGGCUGGGCUUCCUCAGCCACUUCAGGGCCGCAGUCCAGCGGGCGCUGCAGGCCGAGGACAGGCAGCUGGACGUCUUCAUCCGCUUCCUCUCGGGGCUGCUGUCCCCGCGGGUGAACCAGCUGCUGUCCGGCUGGCUGCUGGCCAGGGGCGAGCAUGCCGGGCUCAGGGACCAGGCCGUGGGCGUCCUGCAGGGCUGCCUGCACGCCGGCCCCGCCGUCUCCUGGCGCGCCGUCAACGCCAUGCGCUGCCUGCACGAGAUGCAGCACACGGACACCGCCAAGGCCGUGGAGGAGGCCAUGAGGAGCGAGCGCCUGGCCGGCAUGCUCACCCCCACCAACUGCUGCGCCCUGGCUUACCUCCUGCAGGUGUCCGACGUCUGCCUGGAGGAGACAAACCUCUCCAACUGCCUCACCUACAGCAUCUGUAAGAGCCUGCUCUCCCAGCUGCUCUACUGCCACAGCCUCAGGCUGGACAAUAACCGGUUUAAGGAUGAUGUGAUGGAGCUGCUGGGCAGUGUGCUGAGCGUGAAGGACUGCCAGAUCCAGAGGCUCAGCUUGGCAGAAAAUCAGAUCAGCAACAAGGGAGCCAAAGCUCUGGCCAGGUCGCUGCUGGUGAACAGGAGCCUGAUGGUGCUGGACCUGCGGAGCAACUCCAUCGGCCCCACCGGAGCAAAGGCCCUGGCUGAUGCCCUGAAAAAAAACCAAAUCCUGCUCUCCCUGAACCUCCAGCACAACUCCAUCCAGGAGGACGGGGCCACCUUCCUGGCCGAGGCCCUGCUGACCAACCACAGGCUGGUGACCCUGCACCUGCACAAAAACGCCAUCGGAGCCCAGGGCACCCGGAAAAUCGCGGAGGCGCUGAAGCAGAACUGCAGCCUGAGGGAGCUGAUACUCUCGAGCAACUCAGUGGGAGACAACGGCUCCACUGCCUUGGCCGAAGCUCUGAGGGUGAACCACAGCCUGCAAAGCCUUGAUCUCCAGAGCAACUCCAUCAGCAGCGCAGGGGUGACGGCGCUGACAGCAGCUCUCUGCUCCAACAAGGGACUCCUCAGCCUCAACCUCCGGGAGAACUCCAUCAGCGAGGAGGGCGGCCCUGCCAUCGCCCGUGCCCUGCGGAGCAACAGCACCCUCAGGAACCUGGACUUGGCGGCCAACCUGCUGCACGAUGACGGGGGCAAGGCCAUCGCUCUGGCCAUCAAAGAGAACCGGGCACUCACCUCCCUCCACUUGCAGUGGAACUUCAUCCAGGCCAAAACAGCCAUAGCCCUGGCACAAGCACUACAGUCCAACAGCAGCCUGGCCAGCCUCGACCUGCAGGAGAACGCCAUCGGGGACGAGGGGAUGGCCGCCCUCGCCGCUGCACUGAAGGUCAACACCACCCUGGCAGAUCUCCACCUGCAAGUGGCCUCGGUUGGCGCGGCCGGUGCCCAAGCCCUGGCAGAAGCCUUGAUGGUCAACAAGAGCCUGCAGGUCCUGGACCUGCGGGGAAACGCCCUGGGGCUGUCGGGGGCCAGGGCCGUGGCCAGCGCGCUGAGGGUGAACCGCGGCCUCCGCCGGCUCAGCCUGCAGGAAAACUGCCUGGGCAUGGACGGGGCCAUCUGCAUCGCCACGGCCCUCAAGGGCAACCACGGCCUCACCUACGUCAACCUGCAGGGGAAUCACAUCGGGCAGUCGGGAGCCAAGAUGAUCUCGGACACCAUCCGGACAAACUCACCCGACUGCGUCGUGGACGUGUGAGGGGCCUGGCCUGGUGACUGCAGGGAGCUCCUUGGUGCCCAUCUCAGGGAUGGGAACUGGGCAAGGAAAGCUCCUGAGCUCCUGGCACGGCCCAGGAGGACCGAGGGCGUCGGACCAGGAGUGCAGGAGGGUCAAGACUCGUGCUGAAAGCUGAGGGAUGUGUAUGCCCAUGUCUGUGUUCAUCCAGGCCCUGGGGAGCUUCAAGGAAUGGGGGAACACAAAAAGGAGUGAGGAGGGGCAGAUACCACACGCCAGACCUUGACCUUGUGGGUGAUUUAUCUGCUGGUGGCAGCAACCCCUCCUGUGACCUCCCUGGUGCUUUGUCACUCCUGCUAAAAACAGCCCAGUCCUGCAGGCUCCCCGUGAAAUCCCAGAUGGACACGAGAGAUUUGCCUUGCUCAGAUGGGAGUGGUGCUGUGGAGCUGGGCACUUCCAGCAGGUCCUGGCUGUUGCUGUGCCCUCAGUAACAGCUUGGAGCUGGCCAGACACACCUGAAGUGUUUGGUAGAGCUGCUCUCUAUCCAAGAGAGAGGUAGCCCAAGGCAUAGGAGUGGAACCAUCUAGAAAGACCUUGGAAAAUAAAGAGUCCUCAGGGAAAUGAAGGAGUAGGAGGGUGAAUGUAAGAGGAACUGCACUGCCUGAGGGUGGGCUUUCUUCAGCACAGCCUGGUGCUACACUCAAAGUUCUGCCUCUCAGCUUCAGGCUGGAGCUCUUGGGUCUCCUGCUGUUGUCACCGGUGUUCUGUGAUCUUGGGAUACAUGUCCCAGCUGCAGUCACCUUGUGACUAAGAGAGCAAAGGUGGUGCCUUUGUGUGUGUGGCAGAGACCCAGUGCUUCUCCAGAGGUGCCAGGUUUGCAGGUGAUCCAGCAGCCAAAGUGUGAACCCCCUGAAGCCACUGUCCCCUGUCCCCAGCCCAGCCAGGACACCCCCACACUCAGGGCAGCCAGUGGCUGCUGCAAGGACCUGGGGGCUGAUCCCAGGAACCCUGGGCUGAGCUCUGGAGAUGUAAA